AUGGUCGAUUAUGGUAGCUAUUUUACAACAACUCCUGUAACAACAACUGGUUAUGAUCGAAAUACAUUUGAUACAUUUAGUUUAAAUCCAAAUUUAAAUUUUACAACAACAACAAAUACUAAUGGAUCAUCAAUGGCUACAGCAUACAGUAAUACAAUUCAACAACAACAACAACAACAACUUUAUGAACAAUAUGCUAAUUCGUAUGGACAAUUAACAGGAAAUACAAGACAUUUAACCGUUGGACAUCAACAGUCAAUGUUACAAACUUCAUUACAAACAACGACAACAUCAACAACAAAAACAAUUACAAAUACAACUACCACACAACCCUAUCGUACAACCGAUUCUUUACAUGCUUUCCUACAAACCGGACUUCAAUACAAACUGUAUCAAAAUCAAACAUCUCUUCUUUCAACAGCUGAUGCAAUGAGAGCUAAUACAGCUGGCUUAAUGGCUGGUAUACAGGGAUCAUCACUUGUUGGUGCCAUUUGUGGUAGGAAUAAUCCAAUGGAAAGAAGGAAACAACGUAGAAUUCGAACAACAUUUACAUCUGGGCAGUUAAAAGAACUAGAACGAGCAUUCCUGGAAACUCAUUACCCAGAUAUUUACACCCGAGAAGAUUUGGCAAUGAGAAUUGAUUUAACAGAAGCUCGAGUACAGGUUUGGUUUCAGAAUCGACGAGCCAAAUUUCGAAAACAAGAAAAGAUGAGACGUAUGAAAGAAGAUAUUCGCGCUCAAAAGAGCACACAAUCCGGUGGUAAUAAUCUCGGACAAAAUAGCGAGAAUGAUGAAGAGCGAAAUUGUGGACAUGAAGUUUCAUCUAGUAAUAAUAUCUUACUUGCUGGAGUCCUACAAUAA